AUGACACAUAAAAUUCCCUUAGUAGCAUUGGUAUUAAUAGCUUCAAUAUUAUGUGUAACUAGUACUAGCCAAUUAAACGAGCCAUCCAAAAAAUCUUCCAAAAUGGAAACCAAUAUUGGAGACCUAGAACAUCAAUACCAACAACAAGCUCAAGAUGCAAUAAUCACAACCAUUGCUAAACUAACUUAUGCUAAAGAAUUUAUGGAUUUUAUUCCAAAAUUAAAAACUUUAGCUACUAUAAACGGUGGACUUAGUGACCAAGUUGUUCAAUGUGUUGAAGGGUUGUCUAAUGCAAUGAACAAUGUUCUUACGGAAGUUGAAAAAAUGGAAAAUUAUUUGCCUUCUGUGUCUUGGGGAACAAACACUUUGCAAAAUGUAGUGGAUGUUGUGUUAACUUAUAAUGCUAUAUGUGGUUAUGCUUUUGUUCGAGAGUCAUUUCUGCUGAAAUAA